CGCCCCCGCUCACUCUCCCGGCGGCUCCGGAGCGAGCGGGGCGGCGCGGAGCCUCCUCCCGGGGCCGCCGCCGGUGCCGCCGCCGGGGUGGGCGCGAUGGGCACGGGGCGGCUCUGACGGCGGCUCCGGCGGCGCCAUGGACCCGCGGCGCCUCAAUGAGUCCCUGCAGGAGAUGCUCUGCCGCCCCGGGAACGGCACCGGCACCGGCACGGACACCGGCACCGGCUCCGGCUCCUCCUGGAACAGCUCCGCCUGCGACCUCCUCCGCAGGGGCCUCCGCGGGCCCCCGGCGCCCAAAGACCUGGACCUGACAGUGCGCGUCCUGCUGUACGCGCUGAUCUUUGUGCUGAGCAUCUGCGGGAACGCCCUGGUCGUGGCCGUGCUGCUCCUGAACCGUCGCCUGCGCACCGUCACCAACUCCUUCCUGCUGUCCCUGGCGCUCAGUGACCUGAUGCUGGCACUCUGCUGCAUGCCCUUCACUCUCGUCCCCAACCUCAUGGGCACCUUCAUCUUCGGCAAGGCUGUCUGCAAGCUCAUGGCCUACCUCAUGGGCGUCUCCGUGUCGGUCUCCACCUUCAGCCUGGUGGCCAUCGCCAUCGAGCGGUACAGUGCCAUCUGCAACCCGCUGCAAUCCCGCGUGUGGCAGACGCGCUCGCACGCCUGCCGGGUCAUCGCCAGCACCUGGCUCUUCUCGGCGCUGCUCAUGCUGCCCUACGCCAUCUACAGCACCACGCGGGCCGUGCCCGCCCGCGGUGGCCGCCCAGCCCUCAGCCAGUGCACGCACGACUGGCCCAGCGAGCACGUCCGGCAGGCCUGGUAUGUUCUGCUGCUUCUCAUCCUCUUCUUCAUCCCGGGUGUGGUGAUGAUCGUGGCUUACGGGCUCAUCUCUCGUGAGCUCUAUCGAGGGAUCCGCUUUGAGUUGGACAUCAAGGGGGAGGCUGCAGCCCAGCGCAAUGGUGGCCCGGAGCCGGCACCUGCCUGCGAUGAGGGGGAUGGCUGCUACCUGCAGCUCUCCCGGCCAGGCGGUGCGCUGGAGCUGCGUGCACUGGGCACAGCGGGCGCACAGCAGGACCGGGCACGCAUCAACAGUUCAGAGGCAAAGCUGGUGGCCAAGCGGCGCGUGAUCCGCAUGCUGGUGGUCAUUGUGGCCAUGUUCUUCCUCUGCUGGCUGCCCAUCUUCACCGCCAACACCUGGCGUGCCUUUGCACCGCGGGCAGCCCAGCGCGCACUCUCGGGGACACCCAUCUCCUUCAUCCACCUCCUCUCCUACACCUCCGCCUGUGCCAACCCCCUCAUCUACUGCUUCAUGAACCGCCGCUUCCGCAAGGCCUUCCUGGGCACCUGCACCGGCUGCCGCCGUGCCUGCCCGCGCCGCCCGCUCGAUGAGGACGUGGCCAACGUCAACGCCUCGCUCUCCAAGUUCAGCUACACCACUGUCAGCAGCCUCGGGCCCCCAUGAGCCCAGCCCCGUGCCCCUCCACCCCCGCCACCUCCCAGUCGUGUCCUGACACAGCUCCCUGUGCUUUGUGUCCCCUCUACCCCUCCAGCCUCAGUGGCACCCCCGUGCGCCCCCUCCAACCUGCCCCGGGGCAUCCCCCGCGCCUGCGGGCUCUGCGCUGCGGCCCCGGGCUGAGCAGGGUGGCGGCGGCGGCCCCCGCGCUCCCCUCGCCCCGCCCGUGGGGCUGAGGCGGGGGUGAUGGGGGAAGCCCCCAGCCCAUCCCGGGCCCUCCCCGCUCGCUCCCCGCGGGCUGCGGCCGCAA